AUGGUCGUCUCCAGUCUGAUUGUUCUUUUUUUCAUCCAGACGGACACAUUUGGCAAGGAGAAUAUGAAAUGCUUCAUAAAUAACUUUCUUCGAUGCGAUGGUGUGCUACUGCUGAAAUUCAUCACGGAGCACGCUGAUGCGCGAAUAUGCCGAGAGCUGACCAUUGAACUCAUCAAACUUUAUGCUCAGAAGGUUAACCAAGCAAACUCAUCAAUAGGCAGGUUUGGUACCAGCACGCCUGGUUUGAGUGUUAAGCCAUUAGACGAUGUCUCGCUGCGCAAGUUGCGCCGGAAAAUUUUGUGGCGAUCAACGCUCUCGGAACGUUUCCAUUUGUCGAUGGACGGUCGGUAUAACUUCUCUCCAUUCAUUUCGUGGCAAACCAACUUCGCUAUUAGAAACAACCGUUUGCGAGAGACAGGUGCCCCUGAGCAAAUGUACAGUGGACGUUCUCCUGCAAAUCUUCCUGGCUAUUAUGAAUCAAAUAUCCAGCGAUUCAAUGGUGUGUGCAAACGCAAUUUUGCCCCUGCACCAGCGCAGAUGGGCGCAGUGCAAUACAACAAGUGCAACGGCCAAAAGCCAACGCUUGACGACGUCGAUCGUUCCGAAACGUUACCGAUUGCACCAAAAGCGCGAGGGCAGUCUUCUGGCGAACAAAAUUCUCUGCAGAAUGGUGGUACUAGUAUUGAAAAGGCGCAGGUCCAUUCUUCUAGCACACAGGAUCACGAAAGUGAUGCCAGCAGUUCUGGGAUGCAAUACCAGCAGCAGCCGAAACCAAAAGACGCCUAA